CUUGCCUUUCUCCCAGCCAUCACAGAGUGCUUAGCUAGCUCACACUAAAAGAUAUAGAGAUAGAAGCCACUGAGAGCUUGAGAACACCAUGUCUUCCUCGGUUCUUCUCUUCCUCGUGGCGCUGCUGCUCUCGUGCAGCACCAUGGGCAACGCUGCACGACGCCUGGAGGUGGAGUACCCGGCGGCGCACCCCGCCGUGCCGGAGCUUCCCAAGCCUGAGCUGCCGCCGCACCCCGUCGUGCCGGAGCUGCCAAAGCACGAAGAACCACCGCCACACCCACACCCCGCCGUGCCGGAGCUUCCGAAGCCUGAACUGCCGCCGCCGCACCCCGCCGUGCCGGAGCUGCCCAAGCACGAAGAGCCACCGCACCCCGUCGUGCCGGAGCUGCCAAAGCCCGAGGUGCCUCACCCUGCCGUGCCGGAGUUGCCGAAACACGAAGAGCCACCACACCCCGUCGUGCCGGAGUUGCCGAAACACGAAGAGCCACCGCACCCCGUCGUGCCGGAGCUGCCGAAGCCCGAGGUGCCUCACCCUGCUGUGCCGGAGUUGCCGAAACACGAAGAGCCACCACACCCCGUCGUGCCGGAGUUGCCAAAGCCUGAGGUGCCACACCCUGUGGUGCCGGAGUUGCCGAAGCCCGAGGUGCCGCAUCCCACCCUGCCGGAGCUUCCAAAGCCCGAGCUGCCGCCGCCGCUCCCUGAGCUUCCUCGCCCCGUCGUGCCGGAGCUGCCGCCGCACCCCGCCGUGCCGGAGCUGCCACCGUUGCCCAAGCCUGAGCUGCCGCCGCACCCCGUCGUGCCGGAGAUGCUGCCGCACCCCGUCGUGCCGGAGCUGCCGCACUACCCGGCCGUGCCGGGGUUCCCAAAGCACGGGCUGCCACCGAAGCCUGAGCUGCCGCCAUUGCCCACGGCGGAGCUGCCGCCGGAGCACGAGGUUCACGACCCGGAGCCGGAGACCAAGCAGCCAUGAUCGUACAUACACACACAGUAUUUUUUUUUUAGACAAUGGAUUAUAAAAAACCUGGCCUCUACACCUUGUGAGGAUGUACACAGCCUAAAAGUAACAAACACGAGUACACAA